GUCACACUGGCCUCACCACCACCACUACACUUUUCUUCCAGCAGCAGCAGCCCAAAAGACUUUUUUUUUCGGGCUGGCCUUCUGCCUGUUUGGCUCCAAGUUCCACGGUUUAAGUAAUCAGUUGAGGGCCAUUUGAGAGCGAGGCAACAACUCUUGAUGGUACCUCUCGUUCAUUUUUCAAAAUGAAGUUGAUGACGUCGAGUAGUUGCGUUGGUUUCUUCUUCAUCUUCAUCAUCGAAGUUGUUCAGCCGACAGCCGGCGCCCAGCAACGCAGAGAUCGAUGGAGUCUCAGGCGGCCGUUUAAAGGCAUCGCCUCCAAAUUAACCAGGACAAUGUUGUCAUCAUCACCGACCAACCAGAGACGAGAGCAGACGAGAUACGUCAACCUGAGUGAGCAGCAGGGCGUCCCGCCGAGAGAAUAUUCAUCCCAGCAUUCGAUCCUGUCAGCCGCUCUCCGAGAUCUUUACAAAAUCAACGGCAAUCGUCUGACGGGGAUCGAAUCCUCCGGCCAAUUGUUUCACGACGAAGAAGAGGAUCGAAAAAAGCUGCGACGUCAAGGGCCACCGGAAGUGAAGAAGACAAGAGGAGCCGACCCUCGACAUUCAUUUCUAGUAACGACGUCCAUCGUGCCGGACAUGAACAGCAUUUACUCGAGGGUGCCGACAGUUUCCCUGUACGAGACGCCCAUCUUCGAACAGGACUCUUAUCUGGAAGCCCUGGAACAGUCCAGACUUCCGUGUCAAUCGCUGGCGGACCCCGGCGAUUGCAACGAUUCGACGAUGCUCUUCCGUCAGCAAAGUCCGGCCGGCAAGACUAACGAGGCGCCGGCCAGCAAGAAACUGUUGGCAACCAUCCGGGUUUUGAUCAAUUUCCACGAAAGGUAUCCGCAUCUCAACGCGUUCCUCUAAAAUAACUAACUACAUUCCGCCCAUCUUUAUCAAAUGGCUUCAAUUAUUUUAUGAUUUGCUUUCCAAUUUUAUAAAUUCGGUGAUAACUGACCAUUUUGUUAUAUUCUUUUGUAAACGGUUUUAUUUUUAAAAGAAAAGUCAAAUACAGAAUACACAUCCAGCCUUAUAA